UAUGCUCCCUCUCUUUUUGGCCAAUUUCAAAGUCAAGAUGAACUUCUUUUACAUGUCAGAGAAUUUUCUAAGACUCAUGGAUAUGCUAUAACUAUAAAAAGGUUACGAACAGAUGUAAAUAGAAAAAUCAAAAAUAUGAUAUUAGGUUGUGAUAGAAGCAGAUAUUAUAGAAACAAAUUAAAUCUUACAAAUAAUUCACGUUGUAAACAG